GGCUCUGGCUGGCUCAGAGCUGAGAGCGCUGUGGGAGGCACUGGUGGGGGCCUGGGGAUGUUUCUUAUGUUGGAGUGGAGUGGCUCCCCUUGGUGCUGGAGCAGCUGGAGGCUUUGUGGUGCAGGGGCUCGGCUGGGCCGUUCCGUGGGCCCAUGUCCCACGGUGGAGGUGUUGGCAGCGAGGAAGGGCAGGAGGAAGGCUGCAGAGCUGCCGUGGGACAGGUUGGGUAGAGGAGCAGAGCUCAGGGCGGGGGGUAGCAUGUGCACAGGAGCCUGAGUCUGUCUUUCCUCCACCCGGGAGGCAAGGAGCCCCUGGGCCCCAGACAGGAGCUGCUCUGGGGUGAGGAUGAGCCCUGCAGCAGCCCAGGAGGAGGGAGAGGAGCCGGGCGGAUCCUGCCCCAGCCAGGUGUUUCCUGAUGGAGAAUGGCUGGACGUGGGCUGAGCCCAGCGCCUUGGCUCGGCGCCAAAGACUGAGCUCCCCGCGGGUGCCUGGGGCUCAUGGGGCGCUUCUGCCGGGAGCCACAUUCCUGCCGGCUCCUUGGAGCCUCGUGUGUGCUUGGAUUCAUGGCACUAGUGUGGGAAAGCUGCGCUGCCUCGUGUGAACAGGAAAACCCAGGGACCAAGCGAUGUGGCUGGGGCCACGCCGAGGUGGCGGGGAGCCGGGCGCCGUGUCCCGGGCCAGCGCUGGGGCUGCCUGGCCCAGCUGGUCGGUGCUCCCUCUCUGCUCUCAUUCAUAAACUGUGGGGGAGUUUCCUGGUGGAGCCUUGCUCCUCUAACUGGAAGGGAGCUGGAAACCCAAGUGUUUGGAGGGCACUUGAACCAUUGUUUGAAAGAUCUGUAAUUUUCCAAUCAAACUCCCUCCCCAAGCCUCUGUUCAUCAAAUAUUCAUGGGAUCCAUUUUCUCCUGGCACUCCCAGCCCACGUCUCAGCCCGAAGAAUCAAUCAGGCAGCUCUGCUUUGCUCUAAUGCAUCCUGCGUUUUCAGGAGCCUGGGGCUGCCAUCUCCUCCUGCCUUCCCCAUCUCCCCCAUCCCCGUCUCCUCCCAAGGCGGCAGCGUGUGAUGGGGCUGCGCAGGGUGUGUGUGGAAGGCACGGCUCCCGGGGAGGCAAGGACACGGCUGAGCUGGGGUGAUGCAGCCAGCUGCGCAGUGGAGGCAGCCAGAACUGUGUGACAGGGCCGGAGCAGCCCCCGUGUCACCAGGACCUGAGCAGGCGGGUCAGACCCGGUGCCCAGCCGCCCGGCACUCGGCUCCUCGGCAGCGCGGAUUUCUGGCUGUCCUCGCGCGAGCCGCUGGCUGUUGAUUUAUUUGCCUUUGCGGUCGAUGAGUGCCGGCCCCGGGCUGCACGGCCCCCUCCCCUCCGCACCCGCUGCCAACAGGGCGUUCGAUAGCGGCCCCGCUGCUAAUGGCUUCGUGACGGAGGCUUUGCAGCCGCUCCACAGGCGAGCUCCCCACGGCAGCGUCACACCGGGCGCAGCCAAGGGGCCCAGCUCUUGGCAUGGGAACAGUGGUGUAAAUCAGCGCCGGUCCCUUCAUUGCCACCAGUGCUGCCGUUUGUGUGGGCUCUGGGCCCCACACCGGGACCCAUCUCACCGGGGUCUGUACGGGGGUCUGUGCAGUGGUGCCCCCUCGCAGAGCUCUCUCUCUGCCCUCCCUCUGGCUCAGAGCUGAGCGAGUGGAAAGGGAACAGAGGUCAGGGGAGUGGAGGAGCAGCUUGAAACGGCUCUUCGCACAUUUGGAUGAGCUAAUGGGAAAAAAACAGAGGAAGGCAAAUAAACAUUAUUGUUUCAUGUCAGGCGGGGAGGAGAUGAAAGGUCAUGGGCUUCCCUUGUGAUGGUAGGAAAUGGCAGCAUCAGCAGGGCUGGAAAGAGCUGGAGAGCGUGUGAGUGCGUGUAUGGGGUGCGUGUGUGCUCACGCGUGUGUGGAUCCACCCGUGGGGCCAGGGGCUGCUGCAUUUGGAGGUGGGAGUUCCUGGGGUGUCAUCCCCCAGUGCCACCUGUGUCUGUGGUCCCAUUGACUUUGUCUCCCAUGCCACGGCCAUGGCUCUCCCUGCCACGCAGUGCAUUGGGCACGGCUGGCGGAGCUUCCCUGGGACACGGGUACCAGGCGGAACAGCAGGAGCCCCUGAACCGGAGCUGAAAUGAGGGGAAGGAAGGGCUCGGUUUGAGUUUCUUUCCCGGGCUCGCGGUUCCGAGGGGGUCGGUGGGUCCCUCCCAGCCCCGGGGUGGCCCCUCGGUCCCCCCGAUCCCCCCGCCCGCCGUGCGCAUCCGCGCGGCUCGCGCCGUUGCCAUGGCGCCGUUGCCAGGGAACCGCCUCCCGGCGCGGCGGAGCCGCCACUCACCGGGCCGGAGCGGCGGGGCCCCAUCGCACCGGCCCCGGCUCCAUCGCACCGGCCCCGGCUCCAUUGUACCGGCCCCGGCCCCAUCGCACCGGCCCCGGCCCCAUCGCGCGUCCCCGGCCUGGGGCUGCAGCUCCCGUCCCACGGGGAACAGUGGAGGAAGAAGAGUUGGGGUGCACAGGCGACGGGGACAGAGGGGGCCGGGGGUGUGCAGCGAGGGGCAUUCAGCCUGUUUUGUGUCUCUCCCUGGGCCAGGAAGAUUCCUGGCGUUCAACCCGGGAAUGUAGAGAGUGUAGCAAAUAAUGGAAAAUAAAGAGGAUGGAGGAGGGAGGAAAAGCAGAACAGAACGUUUCAGGAACGCUGUUAAAGUUUGGAUCCAUCAAACGGGGCAAGAUCCAGGAGAGAAACAGGCCCUGGCCCAAAGCCUUGCGAGUCUGGGGUGCUGAGCGCCGGGCUUGGGGGGGACCCGCAGCCCCGGCGCAGGAAGGUGCCCAUGGCAAAGGGCAGCCCUGGCACCCCUGUGCCGGCCCCUGCUGCUCUCAGACCCCCGCGGCCGCGCAGGGAGCGGCGGCAGAGCCAGCGGGGAUGGCAAAGGGACUUACAGACGCUCCGACUUUCUUAGGGUUUGUAAUGAUUUAAUUCCCGGUGGGAGCACGGCGUCGGGCUGCCAGGCGGGUGUGCGCCUGCGCCUGCCAAACAGCCACAAACAGCACAAAAAUAACCGCUACAAAAGCGACACCUUCCCCGGUUUGUUUUUCUGGCCUGGAUUUCACAGCCGCCAGGAUCCGGGGUGAGGGGAGGACGGGCGGCUCUGAGCAGCUUUUGGUUAAUCGCUGCCUUCGAGGGGGGGCGCAGGGGGUCCUUUUGGCCCGGCAGAGCCCCUUUGAUUUGCUGCACAGCCCAGCUCUUGCACAUGCAUGUGCUCCUCGCUAAUGGCUUUUCCCGCUGUGCUGGGGACACGGCGCUGCCCACCCCUCCCUGUCCCCCCCGCGCCCCGAGCCGCCCCGCGUGGGCUGGGACUGCAGGGCCGCUCCUCUUCCUCCUGCCCCUGGGAAGGGACCGUUCGCUUCUUGCUCUAAUUGCGCUUUCAAAGCGUCAGGGCUGGACCCGGGGGGGCGGGGGGCAGGUGCAGGAGCGUCCCGCCACCCCCCGCGCAUCAGCCACGCCGGCUCCGUGUGCUCGGCAGCUCCGCGGAGCUGGGAAAUGAUUGCGCACCGAACCACCGGCGCACACCGAGCCCAGGAGCUCUGCUGGCCCCUCCGCCGCGGGCAGGGGCUGCGGAUCCCCCGCCCGGGCUGCGAGAGCUCGGCCGCGGGGAGCGGAGCCCGGGCCGGCGCCUCCACCGGUGUCCCCUGCGGAGCGGCCGCCUGCGCAGCUGCCCCCUCGCAGGCUCCGCUGUCCCUCGCUCUGGGAAGUAAGUGGCAAUGAUCCAUCGCCUGACGAUACCUCUGUGCCUCCCACCCUAAUUAGUGUCACAGCUAAGCACCUCGUUAGCGUCGCCUGGCGAGCAGCCAGCCGGCUCCCCGCGGCGCCGGAGCAUCCCCAGGCGCAGCCGGCCCUGGGCAGCCGCCCCCAGCCCCGCGCUGCGGCUCCAGCUGCCCAACCUGCACCUGAUGCUUUGCGCUGAGAAGUUGAGCGCGUUGCUGCGGGGGGUCCGGGCACCCCCUUCUUACAGCACCCCGGGGCCCGGCUGCACCCAGGGAGCUGUGUCAGGGCCAACGCGGCGGCUGCCGCUGGCAGCAUCCCCAGCCACAGCCACGGGGAUUCGCCUGUUGCAAUGUCUGUGUCUGUGCGUGUCCGUGUGUCUGUGCACGUGUGCGUGCGUGUGCCUGUGUGCACAGUCCGGAGAGGUCACUGUCCAGGAAAGGUGUCAGCAGCCAAGAAAUGGGCUUGGAAUGGAAAGUGUGAGCCAAGUUGAACCGCAGGGGCAGCCAGCACUGUCCCGCUCCAGCCUCUCCACGGUCACCAUUUCCAUCUGCGCCGCGGUUGUGGGGGGAGCAGGUCCCGCCGUGCCAGGUCGCUCCCGGUGCUGGGCCGGGGUCGUGGAGGCCAGCACACUGCAGCAGGAGCGGCUGCAGGCCAUCGCGGAGAAGCGGAAGCGUCAGACGGAGAUCGAGAACAAACGGCGGCAGCUCGAGGACGACCGGCGGCAGCUGCAGCACCUCAAGUCCAAGGCUCUGCGGGAGAGAUGGCUGCUGGAGGGAGCCCCGGCCUCAGCCUCCGAGGAGGAGGAGGCCAUGAAGAAGCAGAUGCAGGAGGAUGAGGUGAAGACCAAGGAGCUGGAGGAAACUAUCCAGAGGCUGGAGAAGGAGCUGGAGACACUGGAGAACGGCAGCUCAGCAGGUUCCACCAAGGAGAACCUGGCGGAGGCGGCGGCGCCAGCCAAGGAGCAGAAGGCAGAGCCCGUCCCCAACGCGCAGAAGAGUCCCCUGGGCACAGUCAAGGCCUCCGGCCUCUCCCCGGGGCCCCUCCCGCGGGCGCACAGACAAGGAUGCGAUGGUUUAGGCUCUGGCGAUCACCUCUCCUCUCCCUCCCCAGCCGAGAAGGUCUCCAGCAGCCCCAUGAAGGUGGUGGAAGGCACCGACAUGAUGAAGGCAGCCAUGUAUUCGGUGGAGAUCACGGUGGAGAAGGACAGAGUGACUGGGGAGACCAAGGUCCUGUCCAGCACCACCCUGCUCCCCCAGAACCACUGUCUGCAGGGGGUCAAGGUGUACGAGGAUGAGCUGAAAGUGGUGCACGCGGUGAGCGUUGAGGACGGGGCCCUGCAGAACGGGGCACAGCCCCUCAGCUCCUCCGAGGUCGACGAGCUCCUGCACAAGGCGGACGAGGCCACACUGAGCGAAGCCACCGGGCGGGAGGUCCCGGCCAAGGGGGGUGAGGGCGCUGGCAGCGCCCCGGGCAGCCAGAAGCCGACGCCGCAGCGGGAGAUCACGGGGCUGCAGGCCAAGCCGCGGGAAAGUGCCACGGUGCCCCCGGGCGAGGGGACGGAGCCGAGCCGCGAGCAGCCCGUCACCAUGAUCUUCAUGGGCUACCAGAACGUGGAGGAUGAGGAUGAGACCAAGAAGGUGCUGGGGCUGGAGGGCACCAUCAAGGCCGAGCUGGUGGUGAUCGAGGACACCGAGAGCAAGCCGGAGCCGGUGCAGAAGGACCACGCGCCACCCAACGGCACCGCGUUGGAGCCAGUGGCUGCCCAACCGCUGGGCGAGGAGAGCCCGGGCGGGCAGAAGCCGGGUGUCAACGCCACGGACGCCAAGGAAGCCGAGCAGGAGAUGGACGCGAAGAAGCAGCGCUGCAAGUGCUGCACGGUGAUGUGAGCCGCGCCGGCCCCAUGCCGCCGGCACCAGCUGCCCCCGCCGCACCCCUUCGCCCCGGCCCCCGCUCGCCAGGCCUGGCAUGCCGGGCUCCCCCCUGCCGGACACGGACCCUCGUUCUGCAGAGCCGGGGAGAUCCAGCACGGCGCCGGCGAGGCCACGGCAGGAGCAGCAACCCGUGGCACCGCUCACCCCGUCUGCCCGACGCCCGCCCCGUGCCGCACCCCACCAGCGCUGCCCGUGGUAUUUAUUAGAGACUCCCCCACCCCACGGCACCCACCCCACCGCCCAGCCUUGCCCCAUGCCGGUGCCCUCCUGAUGCCGACGCUGGAGCCUUCCCCUCCUCUCACCGGCAACUUCCCACCCACCGCCGGAGGACGGAGCCGGUCGGGCCGGGGGUUCGGAGGACAACGCCACGUCCAUAGGUGACUCCCAGGGAGCCGGCGAGACCUGCGCUUGGCCCAGCCCAUGGCGGGCACUGAGCAGCCCCACACCAGCCCCUGACUCUGCACCUCCAUCACCCGCCGCUCCGGUGGGACAGGCCCUGCGCUGUCCCCUCCCGCUGCCUGCGGAUGUCCCUGCUCCAUCCUGUGUCCUCAUCCCUGAACCCCCUGGCUCCCUGAGCCAUGAACCCCCAGGACGGAGCGUGUCCCGGCGAGGGAAGGGCAGCACCGGCGGCACCCCCUCCACGGCACUCAACCACGGCCGGGGGCUCGCAGGGGACCGUGGGCCACAUGUGGCACUUGCGGGGUUGUCCCCAGCCUGUCCCUGGGGCUGCGGGCUGGACACUCCGCUCUGCUCCCCGGGUGCUCAUGGUGACGUUGCUGCUGCCCUGCACCGAUGCCACAGGCUCCUGUGGGGCCUCUCCUCCGUGUCAGCUGCCACGCCGGCGUCGCUUGGCUCUACCAGAUGGGAGGACCGAGGGUGCCAUGGCUGGGCGCCCGUGUCCUCCCCGGGUGACGUGGGUGAUGAUGGCAGCAAGGGAGGGGAAGCUGGGAGGUCCCAGCCCCAUGGGGACGGGGAUGGGGCAGGAGCAGCAGUGGGGGGUGGCCCAGCGCUGUGUCCCCCUCCUGCCCCGGCUGAGCUGCCAGAGCAGCAGCUUUGCGGAGCUGCUCACUGGAGCCGGGGGCUGCAGCAGCAGCUCCCCAGGUCAAGCAGGGCAGCCCAGUUUACUCCAGUUCACCCCAGGCACCGGCACUGGGAGCUGCUGGGGUCCGGUGUCCCAUGGAGGUGUCCCCAGGACACCGUAUCUGUGCUGCAGCUGUGAGCGCCUCCCCCGCUCCCCCCAGCCUGCGCCCCAGCCCUUCAGCGGGGAUUUCACCACCAGCACCAGCGUUUCCUCCCCACUGAGACCCGCUGGGGCAGGCGGGGAGGGUGGGGGGGGGUGUCCCACAGCAGCACCCGUGGGUGCUGAGCCCUGCCCUGGCCACAGGUGCUUCUGCCGCGGCAGCUGAGGCAGCUGGUGGGGGUGACCCCCAGAAGGCCUCCCUUCCCCCUCGCCCCCUCGUGUGAGCAGUGACCCCCCCAUCACAUCCCAGUUGCCCCCCAGUUACCACCCAGGCUGUGUUUUUCCCCCAGUGGGGGCUGCGGGGGUUGCGAUGCUGCCGUAUGAGUCCUCCUGGGGGGAGCGCAGCCCCGAGCCCCCCACAGCCACCCAGUGCCUCUGGGAGAGGCAGAGCUGAGGGGGGGGAUGGGGGGUCAGGGCUGGCACCCCCUGGAGGGAAUGGGGACCCUCUCCCGCAGACGGGCAUCGCUGGAGCCCCAUUGCUGCAGACCGGGGGGGCUGGGGCUGGAUGCUGCGGGGCAUCUGCCCCAUGGAUCCUGGGGACUCGUUGGAAUGGGUCCCCAGUGGGGUUGCACGUCACCUCCUGCCACCCCCACCCAGCCCCCCGACAGGGCCCCCUCCUGCACCCCCUGCCCCUCGGUUGGUGCCAGCCCCUGGCCCCAUCUGGCCCCAUGGCGCAGGGAGGGGAUCGGGCCCCUGGGGCUGGGGGCUCUGCGCACCCCAGCCCCAUCCCGGGCCCCCCUGCCAGCCCCCGCUGAAGUGCACUUCCCGUGUCCCCCAGCUUUUCACUCGUGCCGAAGCCGUUGGAAGUUUCCCCUCCCCAACCCCUCCCCGUUGUUUGUAAAACACCUGAAUUGAGCAAAUAAACUGUGUGACCAACA